AUGUCAUCCACAUCAUCUAAUCGUCCACGUUACAGUCCAAAAUACACAGAAAUUUGUAUUGGCAAUAUUAGUAAUCAUACAGAACCCAGUAUUCUACUAAAGUAUUUUGAACAAUUUGGUAGUAUAGUACAAUACAAUUUUACUUCACCAACAGGCGGUUAUGUUUUUAUAACAUAUAAAGAUGCAUCCAUGGUUGAUGCGUGUAUGAAAUCCAGACCACAUCAUCUUGAUAGUCGACACUUAUAUGUUAAACGUGCUUUACCACUUGAUGAUGAACAUCCACGUGAACGUUUUGAAACUACACGUGAUCUUAUGAUUAUAAUUGAUUUUGAUAAUAAAAAUUGCAAUGAGAAAGACUUUUUAAAUCAACUUCGUGAAUAUUUUUCUUCAUAUGGAACAUUAUAUGCUUGUAAAUAUUGUCAUGAAACAUAUUUUAAUUAUAUUCUCGUUGAAUUUGCAGAUAAAGAUCAAGUUGAUCGAAUUAUUCUUGAUAAACCACAUUAUUAUUAUGAACAUCAACUUAAUGUUAUGAAACGUAUACCAUCGAAUAUUGAAAUAAUGAAUACAAAAUAUUCAUUAAAUAAACAGCAAUCAUCUAUGGUAAUAAAAGAUGCAAUUGAUGAUGAUAAUUAUGAUUAUAUAAGAUCUCGAAAUAAUUUCAAUAAAAAUGAUUCUAUAGCAAAAGAACAAAUUAGUGAAAUUGAUCUAGAAAAUGAAGUAUAUCGUCUUCAAAAUAUUUUGAAAAAAAUGAACGAAGAUUUUGCUAUUAAACGGCAACAAGUUGAAGAACAAUGUUCAGAACAAUUAAAACAUCUUGAUGAAAAUACUGAUCAAACUAAUCGUUUAAAACAAGAUUUAGAAGAAGAAUAUGCUAAAUUAUUAGUCGAAUAUGAAUCAAUGAAACAUGAAAAUGAACUACUUAAUGAACAAUAUUUAGCAGCUGAAUUAGAAAAUUUUGAAAUAACAUCAUAUUAUGAGCAAAUUCUUUCCGAAGAAAAAGCUAAAACAAUUCAACUUGAAAAUGAAUAUAGACAAAAAUUAAAAACAUUAAAUUCUAAUCAUUCUUCUCCACCUUCAUCUCCUCGUCUUAUUAGUAGUACUUCAUUGAAAUCUCCAUCACAAUCAAUUAUACCGAAAGAUAAUUGA